GUUUUAGACAGCUUAAUCUUCCGUCUUGGAAGCAAGGAGAGAAAGGUGCUGAAAACUGAAGAUUAGAAAUACACCCAGCUAUAAGAGAGAAAAAAAAAUAUCCAGCAAUGGCACCCCGCAUACGACUGACUGUAUCAAAGCCUCUCCCAACCAUCUGUGAAACCCAGGAGGAAAUUUUAGAUGAUGUAACCAGCAAUGCAAAAGGCGUUGGGGGCUUCUCUAUCGACUCAGAUUCUUGUUCCAGUGACGACUACCUUCAAUCUAUCUGCCAUUUGGCAAGACCCACCUUCCCAGUGCUUCCUGAAAACAACUGUGUGUUCCAAGACAAGAAGGUAUUAGAAACACUCCAAAGAGUGUCCUGGUUCCCAAAGCUGGCAGUGGCACAGCAAGUCAUCCCAAAGUGCAAACUGACCAACAUCUUCUCAGACAUGAUGUCUUUAGAAAAAGUUAGUUUAGUACUUGACAAUGCAAAGCUAUACCCCUGUACCAGGGCUGACCCACUGGAACAGUUGUACGCACAAGCGGAGAAGACACGACGCUACAGAGGUUCUGUUUAUGGUGAAAGCUCUAGCACUGAUGAUGCACAGCGUAGCCAUUUCAGCCCUUGUGAUACCAGGAGAGGGGAUGAAAUUCAUCCAUCCACCUCUCAGGAAAAAACAGAGAAACAGGAUCUAGCUGGGGUAUUCAGUUUUCCAAGGCUUCCCUCUCCAAGACCAAUAGAGAGAGAAAAUAGCUGCCCAGAGCAGAAGUGUCUGAAAAGCAAUAAGAUAACGGCCAUUUCUGAAAACGAUCAAACUCAGAAAGAAAACUGCACCAUAUUCAUUGAUGGUAAAUGGAUAUGGCCACACCCACCAAGACAGAAACUGCAAGGAAACAAGGUUUUGAGCUGCCCUCUACGAAGACAAUGUGCUGUGUUCAAAACAGCAGGUGGCACUGAAAAAGAAGAGCUGAAAUCUUCUAGCUAUAACAAAACUGUGAAGGGAGAUGUUCUUAAUAAGCAAUGUUACCCACAAUGCUUUCAUGUAGAUAAAAAAGCCAUGAUCCACAGCUGGAUCUCUGAGUGCAAGUGUGCCUGGAAAGGAGCAAAGGUUAAAGCUUGCCUACUUCCUGCCAUCGCAGAAAUAUGAAAAAGUGAUGCUGAGCAGCUGUAUCUUUUGCAAGAAAUUGUGGCCACUGCUGUCUUAAAAUUUCUCCCUGCUACCUGCUUGCAUUGUGCAGAGAAGAGGGGUGCAGUCUACAUGUUUACAAUGAAGCAGAUACAUUUGUGACCCAUUACACCUCUCAUCUAUGUGCAAACAGGCAAUACAUCUACUAACGUGGCCAUGCUUUAAAAACCGAACUAUUGAUUCAGCUCUCAGAUAUGCACGCAUUUGUAACAGCUUCUCUCCUCAGCUCAGCAACUCCUUUUGCACGUGCCUGUCUUGUGCUCUGAGAACAGCUGUAAUAAUACGUGUCUCUACAUCAGAGAUGGAAGUAUCAGUCGGGUACACUAAACAGGGGAAACGGCUGUUUAGAAGUGGGAUGGGUAAUCUGUAGGAGCAUCAAGCCAAUGGUGGUUUACA